AAUAGUGAGCCAAUUGGAACAUUAGCUCAUACCAACUCCACUAAUCAGUAAUUCAUCUAAUAAUAAGAUGAAGAUUAUUCACACAUUUUUUCUUUUCACUUUUUUUUCAUUCACUAUUUCUCAAGCUUCUGUCAAUGAUUUUUGUGUUGCCAAUUUAAAGGCUCCAAAAACAAAUUCGGGUUAUCCCUGCAAACCUCUUGCAAGCGUUACAUCCGACGAUUUCGUCUUUCACGGCCUCGUCGCUGGAAAAACCAACAACACUUUCAAACUUGGAACCACCCUUGCAAGUGUAACCAAUUUUCCAGCCCUUAACGGACUUGGAAUUUCAGCGAUGCGGGCUGACAUAGGUGAAGGCGGAUCAGCUCCAAUGCAUACUCAUCCUGAUGCUACCGAAUUAAUUAUACUAGUUCAAGGUGAAUUUACCGUUGGAUUUAUAACACCUACUUCAGUGUAUUCCAAGGUAUUGAAACCAGGUGAUCUUUUUGUUGUUCCACAAGGGAUGUUACAUUUUGUCCUUAAUACCGGUAAGGGAGUAGCUACUGCCUAUGUUUCUUUUAGUAGUGAAAAUCCUACUGUUCACUUACUAGACUUUCUUUUGUUUGGCAAUAAAUUGCCAUCUAAUUUAGUUUCACAAACUACUCUCAUUGGUCUUGAUCAAGUGAAGAAGUUAAAGGCUCAUUUUGGUGGAAGCGGGUAGAAAUAUGAGGAUUUAGUUUUUAUUUUUAUGAUGUAGCCAUAGCAAAUAUCAAGAUACUGUAUGGUUCAAUGAUUUAGCAAUGAAAUAAUAA